AGAAGGGACGUUUCGCGACUAAGAGCCGUUAUUAACGCCGUGCAGCUCUGCUGGAGCUUCCCCACAAAAUGACGCUGAUCUCAUUAGUGCUGCUGACAACACAUCACGAAAGCAUUCCACACACGAACUACUUACAUAAAUCGUAGCGGCAAUUGAAUGACAAUUGCCUACAGAACACGAUAUCCGAUCUCGAGCCUCUUCAGAAUCCCUUUAAUCCUAAGUUCUCGUGACAUUGCACCCUUCCUGUGACUACUUAUCAUGGCUACCAGCAAGAAAGACACCAGCAGCCCUCCAUACGAGCUGCUCUAUUGGCCUGGCAUCCCAGGACGAGGAGAAUUCAUUCGACUAGCCUUCGAAGCCGCCGGUGUAUCUUACAAAGAUACCGCUAACGAGACCGAAGAUGGCGUCAAAGCAAUCGUAUCUCUCAUCGAUCCUUCCUCCACUGGCGCAGACGGCAACCCGCCUGUGUUCGCACCUCCCGCGCUGCGCGUCCCCGGCGAAGGUUUGAACGGCGAACCGCUCCUGCUGUUCCAAACGCCCUCGAUCCUGUCAUACCUGGGUCCCAAACUGGACCUCGCAGGCGCCAACACGGCGGAGCAGCAUUGGAUCCUGUCGUACGCGCUGACCGCGCUAGACCUCAAUAACGAGGCGCACGACACGCACCACCCUGUUGCAACGGGAAAGUACUAUGAGGACCAGAAGGAGGAAAGCCUAAAGAAAGCGGCAGAUUUCAGGGAGGCUCGGAUUCCAAAGUUUCUGGAUUUCUUCGAAAGAGCACUGAAGGGCAAUGAGGGGAAGGGGAUGGGGAAGUACUUGGUGGGUGAGAAGCUGAGUUAUGCGGAUACGACACUGUGGCAUGUGUUGAGCGGACUGCUGUUUGCUUUUCCGAAGGAGAUGGAGGCUAGGAAGGGUGACUUCAAGCUGUUGUUUGGGACCUUCUUUGAGAGUGUGCAGGGGGCAAGUGGGGUUAAGGAGUAUUUGGCGAGCGACAGGAGGAAGCCGUUUAGCAACGGCAUAUUCAGGCAUUACCCUGAGCUGGACCGUCAGUAGAGCGGAGAACACUGAGAGUCAAGAGUGACCGUCACAAAAAAAGAACUCAAUUGCAGUGGUAUCUUGAAAGGGUGCCCAUCGCG